AACGAAGCCGUUUCUAAAUACGAAACUUUCUUCAAGAGCGGUAGAGAAUAUUUUCUAGAAGGAAAAAAGCAAAGGCACCAAAAAAAUGGCUGCUUUAGACGAUAGUCCUUCUGCUAAGAAGUGGCUUCCUCUUGAAGCUAACCCCGACGUUAUGAACCAGUUCCUUUGGGGUCUUGGCCUUCCGGAGGAUGAGGCAGAGUGCUUUGAUGUUUAUGGAUUGGAUCUAGAGCUCUUGGAAAUGGUUCCAAAGCCUGUACUUGCCGUGCUGUUUCUUUAUCCCUUAACAUCAAAGAGUGAAGAAGAGAGACUUCUGCAGGCAAAUGAAAGUAAGGAAACGAGCAGUGAAGUCUAUUUUAUGAAACAAACUGUGGGUAAUGCUUGUGGAACAAUUGGACUUCUUCAUGCUGUUGGCAACAUCACUUCAGAGAUUAAGCUUCUCGAGGGAUCGUUCUUGGAUAGGUUUUUUAAAACCACUGCAACGAUGGACCCAUUGGAGCGUGCAUCCUUUCUUGAGAAUGACAGAGAAAUGGAAGUUGCACAUUCGGUAGCUGCUACUGCUGGUGAAACAGAGGCUUCAGAUAAUGUGGACACUCAUUUCAUCUGCUUUACAUGUGUCAAUGGAGAACUUUAUGAGCUUGAUGGAAGAAAGUCCGGACCAAUAUCUCAUGGCCCAUCCUCACCAAGCACUUUGUUGCAGGAUGCAGCUAAAGUUAUACAGGACAUGAUCCAUAAGAAUCCCGACUCGCUCAAUUUCAAUGUCAUUGCGGUUUCGAAGAAAGCCGAAGGUGCAUCUUAAGGUUGGCUGUUUUAAACUCAAUGAAGCCAAUAUUUCAUUCUCAUUACAGCCAAUAGGGCAUAUCUUAAAACUGUCCCUGAACUUUCCAGUUUGUGUGCAUGUGAACAGAACAUGCAUCUUAGCAUAAAAGCUCAUGGUUGUGUUGCCAUGGAGCAAGUAAAUUGAUCCUCUAUCUUAGUUUACUGUAGUAAAACUCUGAAACUACAAAGCAUAAACAAAAACAUGCCAGCCAAA